GGUGACAUCAGCAUCAGCUUUGUUUAGUUUUUUUUAAAUGGCAACGGUCCCAUGACCUCCAUGUGAGAAAUGAAACUAGAACCGGUCUUAGUUGCUUUGGUUGUGAAGAUUGGGGACAGUUUGAAGCACUGUGGAGAUUUUGUGUAGGUGUGGAAAAGAAGAAUUAAACUAGAAUUUGCCAGUAAGGGGAGAAAAAGAAAAGGGGAAUUUCUUACAAAUUUUAGAAAACAUACCCAGAUGCCAGUUUUUUCUGGCUAGAGAAGGUGAACUGCUUAAAACAGUAGCGUGAAACCAAACUGACAGAAUAUUAACUGAUCAGGAGGACUGGGUAUUUGAAAACAAGAAAGAAAAAGAGUUGGAUUUGGAUCCCCACUUUGUCUCUCAGCAGCUGCAAGUGAACUUCUAAGGAGAACUCCUCCAUUGGAAAGGGGAUUUUGAAAGAAAUGAAGAAAACCAUCAGAAAUGAUGUCAGCAGCCUCAUGGCCUUUUGUUGACUGGAGUGGAGUUUUAUUAUUGCAUUUCCUUGGAAUGACACUGCGCAGGAUGUCUGCUGAAGUCAUCUAUCAGGUUGAAGAGGCACUUGAUGAAGACGAGAAGGAAACGAUUCUUUUUUUGUGCCGGGACAUUGCUGCAGAUGUUGUUCCCCUUAAUGUCAGGGACCUUCUGGAUAUUUUAAGUGAGAGAGGAAAGCUGUCUGCCAUGGGCUUGGCUGAGCUACUGUACAGAGUGAGGCGGUUUGACUUGCUCAAGCGGAUUUUGAAGAUGGACAAAAGGGCGGUGGAGACGCACCUGCUCAGGCAUCCUCAGCUUGUUUCAGACUAUAGGGUGUUGAUGACAGAGAUUGGUGAAGAUUUGGACAAAUCUGAUGUGUCCUCAUUAAUUUUCCUCAUGAGGGAUCAUAUGGGCCGAAGCAAGGUAGCCAAGGAUAAGAGUUUCCUAGAUCUUGUGAUUGAAUUGGAGAAGCUAAAUCUGAUUGCUCCAGAUCGAUUGGAUUUAUUAGAAAAAUGCUUAAAGAACAUCCACAGAAUAGACCUGAAGACAAAAGUCCAGAAAUACAAGCAGUCUGCUCAAGGAGGUGAAACAAGUUAUAUAAGUGCACUCCAGGCAUCUCUCCCAAAUUUGAGUCUUAAGGAUCCUUCAUAUAACUUAAGGCUCCAGAAUGGGAGAAGUAAUGAACAAAGACUCAAUGUGGGACAACCUGAUACUCAGAGAGAAUCAGUGAAGACAUCCAUUCAGGAAUCAGGAACAUCUCUACCUCAGCACAUACAAGAGAGAUAUAGGAUGCAGAGCAAGCCCCUGGGAAUCUGCCUGAUAAUUGACUGCAUUGGCAAUGAUACAGAGUUUCUUCGGGACACUUUUACUUCCUUGGGCUAUGAAGUCCAGUAUUUUUUGUACCUGCAUGUGGAGAGUAUAAUCCAGAUUCUUCGCCAAGUUGCCUGCAUGCCCCAACACCAAGACUACGACAGCUUUGUGUGUGUCCUGGUGAGCCGAGGUGGCUCCCACAGCGUGUUUGGCGUGGAUCAGACACAGCCAGGGUUCCCUUUGGAUCAGAUCAGGAGGAUGUUCAUGGGAGAUGCAUGCCCUUCUCUCUUAGGGAAGCCAAAGCUCUUUUUUAUUCAGAACUAUGUGGUGUCAGAGGGCCAACUGGACAGCAGCAGCUUCCUGGAGGUGGAUGGGCCAGCAGUGAACAAUGUGGAGUCCAAGUCCAGGCAGCCUGCGCCCUGUACCAUCCACCGAGAAGCUGACUUCCUCUGGAGCCUGUGCACAGCAGACGUGUCCCUGUUGGAACGGUCCUCCAGCUCACCGUCAUUGUACCUGAAGUACCUUUCCCAGAAACUGUGGCAAGAAAGAAGACGCCCACUCUUGGAACUCCACAUUGAACUCAACAGCAGUGUGUAUGAUUGGAACAGCAAAGUGUCUGCUAAGGAGAGGUACUACGUCUGGCUGCAACACACUCUGAGAAAGAAGCUCAUCCUCUCUUGCAAAUGAAAAGCCAAAAGACUUUCUUAGCUCUGCAGUCUCCAUCACUAGCCCCAAGUAGUUUUCAAGCAAAU